GCCUCCAGCGGCCGCUUCUGUCUGGCGCCGCAGCGCCUUUCCCGCCCGCAUGGAGAGCCCCGCCGCCACCUUCAGCCUGGCCUACGUGGUGCUGGCUGUGUGCUUCGUCUUCCCGCCCAACGAGUUCCACCUGGCCGGGCUGACGGUGCAGAACCUGCUGGGCGGCUGGCUGGGCAGCGAGGACGCGGCCUUCGUACAGUACCACCUCCGGCGGGGCGCCGGCACUCUCCUGGCCCACGCUCUGCUGCCCCUCGGUUACUAUGCUGGCAUGUGCUUUGCAGCACCCGAGAAACAACUUUGCAGUUUUUAUCAGGCUCCAGAAAGCUGGAGAUUCUUUUUACUGCUGGCUGUUCUUGCCCCAACUGUUGCUGGUAUCCUAAUAUAUUACUGGUCACGAAAUGGCUGGAAUAACCACCCCCUAGUCAAGACGCUUUCCCUUUAUGCCCUCCCGCAGUCAGGUUGGAGGGCAGUGGCUUCCUCUAUCAACAUAGAAUUCAGGAGGAUUGACAAGUUUGCUACGGGAGCCCCUGGAGCCCGAGUAAUUGUUACGGACACCUGGAUCAUGAAAGUGACCACAUACUGUUUACAUAUUGUGCAGCAGCGAGAUAUCUUUCUAACUGUGGUAGACUCCAGACAGCAUGAACUCUUGCCAGACGCGAACAUGCCUGCACAGUUCCUCACAAUUCGUGUUGCCAGUAUUAAUCCUCAUGUGAAACCUUUUACUAUCCGGCUGAACUCAACAGAAUAUGGGGAACUGAGAGAAAAACUCCAUGCUCCUAUCCGUAAUGCCGCUAAUGUGGUAAUACAUCAGAGCCUCAGUGACUUGUUUCUGGAAACUUUUACCUCUUUGGUAGAGACAAAUCAGACAUACUGUGUUUCAAGCAAUCAGGAGCUAGACCCAUGCAUUGGGUGUAUGCAGACUACUGCAAAUGUCAAGCUUUUGAAGAACUGUCAAGAGCCGAAUGAAGGAGAGUGCCAACAAUGCUACUGUCGUCCCAUGUGGUGCUUGACUUGCAUGGGCAAAUGGUUUGCCAGUCGGCAAGACCAGCAGCACCCAGAAACCUGGCUUUCAAGCCGCGUGCCUUGCCCAACCUGCAGAGCCAAAUUCUGCAUUUUAGAUGUUUGUGUUAUACGAUGAACAGGUCCCGGAACACUCUUUUAAUCUGAAUGUACUUCAGAGGUGGAUGAAUCCACCUCCUUUUUGCUUUUUAUUAUUCUGUUCAUGGGGACUUUCUGUUAGUUGCCUUUCUGAUGAUUUUUCUAUUGGUUCAGUUUUUUAAUUGCUGUAACCAAACAACGGAAAAUGAUUAUUUUCACCAGCUUUGGCUACUCCCUUUGGUUACAUUAAAUACUGAGUGAUAGUUUAGAAUCGCAUCAGACCUCUACUGAAGCAGAAUUGGGGAACCCUGUGGCCUUCAAAGCUGUCCUUUCCACUAGUGGAACAGGGAAGAGGCACUUUCCAUUGAUUACGCUGCCUCCUCCCAUCUGCUAUGGAGGGUUGGGAGACACACAGUCUAAGAAAUACGUAGCACAAAAUGGGGUGAUCAUAAAUUUAACUAGUUUGAGCAAUACAGCCAAUCAGUUCAGCUCUUGGCUACAUAGCAUAUUAAAAGAAGAAGAAGCCCAUCUGCUCAGUAGUGGUUGGGGGCUUGCCUAUUAAACAAUUCAUAACCAGUCUCACCUGGGCUGGUGAACUGAUCACAAUUGUAUUAUGUCUGAAAUCAGAAUAAAAGUCACAGUAUAAAAGUACACGUGUUAAGGUUUCAGGAAUCUAGUAUUAGAGGGAUGCUUUCUCUCUUGAACAGAAGUCUCAAAUACUUGACCUGGAAUAGAACAUCUGAUUUUGCAAGAAUAAAUCUAUGGGCUUUCCCCCUUUUACAGUUAAUCAAAUAAGAUGGAUAAGUACCAUAGUUGGCUGGGAUUCUGGGAAAGAUGGGACAAUUUCUGUUAGUCAUGGAAUAUUAUCAGAAAAUCUUUAGGUCAGAACUUUUUAAUGCUUGUUGCUGCCCCAGCUUCUAAUGCUUGGGAUUCUGAUGAGACACCAAAUAGACCAAUUGUGCAUGAGAUACAAACAAUUGUAAAUAGAUUAGUAUCCUAAAAUGCAAUACUGUAUUACUUUGUAAAUCAAUAUUAAUCUUUAUGGGAUCUCUGCACUUGCUUUUCCUUGAUCUUCAGAGGCCUCUCAUUAUUAAAUGAGAAGGAUCACAGUUCACUUA